GAGAGUUGAGAGAGUGCGAGGAUCGAGAAAAGAAAGAAAGAAGGAUGGCAAUCUAUAGGAUCGCGAUCGGGGCACCCGGAGAGGCGAGCCACCCGGAUGCGCUCAGGGCGGCGCUCGCCGAGUUCUUCUCCAUGCUCAUCUUUGUUUUCGCCGGCGAGGGAUCCGGGAUGGCUUUCAACAAACUCACUGACGACGGAUCGACCACCCCGGCGGGUUUGGUGGCGGCUGCACUCGCUCAUGCGUUCGGGCUGUUCGUGGCAGUGUCGGUGGGCGCGAACAUAUCGGGCGGCCACGUGAACCCGGCCGUGACGUUCGGGGCGUUCCUCGGUGGGAACAUAACCUUGUUGAGGGGGAUCUUGUACUGGAUCGCGCAAUUGCUCGGGUCGGUGGUGGCCUGCUUGCUCUUGAAGUUCGCUACUGGCGGAAUGGAAACAUCAGCAUUCUCGCUCUCGUCCGACGUUUCCGUGUGGAAUGCGCUGGUCUUCGAGAUCGUGAUGACCUUCGGCCUGGUGUACACCGUGUACGCCACUGCGGUGGAUCCGAAGAAGGGUAAUGUGGGAAUCGUCGCGCCCAUUGCGAUCGGCUUCAUAGUUGGCGCUAACAUCUUGGCUGGCGGCGCGUUCGACGGCGCCUCCAUGAACCCGGCCGUCUCCUUCGGCCCGGCCGUGGUCAGCUGGUCCUGGAGCAACCACUGGGUGUACUGGCUCGGCCCGCUCAUCGGCGCUGGUAUCGCGGCUCUCGUGUACGACAACAUUUUCAUCGGAGACAACGCGCAUGAGCCUCUUCCGACAGCCGAUUUCUAGGCUUUUUCCGUUAAUCUCUUUUAAUUCGGUGAAAUGCAAAAAUAAUCGUCUUUUUUAUCGGGCAUGAUAGAGAGAAGUUGGGCUUGUUACAUUGUAACAAAAUAGGUGUUGUCUGUGUCUUAUAUUUUUAUUGUCGGAGUAUGGUUUAAAUGUUUCUUGUACUUUGUUAAGAUCAUGAGAGGUUUUGUUA